GUGACGUUAACCAGUGACUCCGAAUGUAGCAGGGAACAUAAACAAGCGAGAUUAAUUGUUUCUUAACCACUUUCCCGACUGUUUUUUUUUUCGGAAUUUAGCUCUAUUUUAUGCUUUUUGUUACUCCAGUUAAAGAUCAACUCUCAACGGCUGCUUCUAGGGAACUAAAACCGACACAUGGGGCAAACAGGAGGGGAAAUCGGCUGUUACAACGUGUCAGGUCGGUGAGCUUCUCCACUUAGCAUGAAAACGGGUCACUUUUGACAGAAAACACACGGAGACAGGAUGGAGACAGCAGGCGGCUACAACGUGGAGGGGAGCCCCAGCCCCCCUGCUGUGCCCUCCACCAUGUCCAUAGACAGGCUGCUACCUGCUCUCCUGGAGUGCUUUGGGAUCAUCCUGUGUGGAUACAUAGCAGGAAGGACCAACAUCAUCACCACCACUCAGGCCAAAGGAUUGGGCAACUUUGUAUCAAAGUUUGCUCUCCCUGCGCUCCUUUUUAAGAACAUGGUGUUACUGGACUUUGGAAACGUCAUCUGGCCCUUCCUGUGGGGGAUCCUCAUCGCUAAAGUGUCUGUAUUUUGCAUCGUUUGCUUCCUCACUCUGAUAGUGUCCAGUCCUGACAGCCGCUACAGUAAGGCUGGCAUCUUCUCAAUAUUUGCAACCCAAAGCAAUGACUUUGCUUUGGGCUAUCCAAUAGUUGAAGCCCUCUAUCAAAGCACAUACCCAGAGUACCUCCAGUACAUCUACCUGGUUGCACCCGUGUCCCUGAUGCUCCUAAAUCCCGUCGGCUUUGCACUGUGCGAGAUCCAAAAGUGGAAGAAUCACGGAAACCACCAGCAGAGGAAACUGUUGAUUGUGGGACAUGUAGUCCUGCAAGUCUUGAAGAACCCCAUAGUAUUCAUGGUUAUUGUAGGCAUCAUCGCCCACUUUGCCCUGCACCAGAGAAUUCCUGCUUUCAUGGCCGAGUUCAUAGACGGCUUGGGCAACUCUUUUGGUGGAGCAGCUUUGUUCUAUUUGGGUCUGACCAUGGUGGGCCAGUUGAGGAAACUGACCAGAUCCACUGUUGUGACACUGAUUUUGCUCAUUACAGCUAAACUGCUGGUAUUGCCACUUCUCUGUAAGGAUAUGGUGGAUGUUUUGGAUAACAGCAGCAAUACUACGAACCACUCCAGCCUCUCAGAUUAUGCUUUUCUUUACGGAGUCUUCCCCACUGCACCAAGCGUGGCCAUCUAUGCUGUUUACUAUAACGCAGAACUAGAAGUUGUGACCGCUGGGAUGGUGAUCAGCACUUUUCUCUCGGCUCCAAUAAUGUAUGUCUCAGCCUGGCUACUUACCAUCCACUUAAUGGAUCCCCAGUGUCUGAUGAAUUCACUUGAGAGUGUCAGCUUUAAUAUAAGCAUAGUGAGCUUAGUGGCUCUGCUGUGGACAGUUGCUGUCAUGUUUUUAAGCAAAACGUUUAGGAGACUUCCUCACAUGUUUACAGUCAACCUGUUCUUGGCGCAGCUGUUCAGCUGCAUUGGGAUGAUUCUGUGGAACUUUGUGGUGAAGGAAGACAACUUUGUUGCGCAAGUCCUCAUUUUCACAUUGCUGUCUACUUCACUCUACAGUAGUUUUAUGUGGCCAGGAUUAAUAGCACUCUCGAUUGUGCUUAUGAAAAAGUAUGAGGAUCUUAGAGGAGCACCAGGUGCGCUGGUCAUCGCAGGCUGGGGGAUCCCAUCUUUGGUAACUUCUAUUCUGCUCAUCUUCGGCGAAAAAAGGUCUGACGCUAUUGAUUCUUUGUUCUUCUAUGGCAAACUACAGAUCAUUUGCACCACAGUAGUGGUCAGCUUCAGUAUACUUCUUGGAGGAGGCUCUUUGGUGUGUCUUAGUAGAGGAAGUUGGGAGCAAGAUGAAGAAUAUGAAGACACACAAAGUUCAUUUGAACCUUACCAGGAUCAGGUGACCGAGGUUGAACCAGAAAUUCAGACUCUCAUAGAGCCAGGAAACGGAACAGGAGGAGAGUGUUUCAGAUGUGCCUGUGCUCCAGCCACGCCCAUGCCUGACAUGAUCAUCAGCACAAACAUGACCAACAGCCUAAGCUCCCUCCCAGUUCAUUGUGAGAAUGGCUGCGAGUCGACAGACUGUCUCCUUGCUCAGAUGGAUGAAGACCAGCAGGUGAAAGACAGACAAGUGGUCCGUCAUGUGCUCCUGUGUCUGCUCCUGACUGUCUUCCUUCUGGCUAACCUUUCCAGUGGUCUGUGGUUGCUUUACAACCACCUUCAUGGGAGACUCUACUUGGAGCUUCAGUUCUUCUGUGCUAUAGCAAACUACGGACAGGGAUUUAUCUCCUUUGCUCUUUUCGGGUUGGACAAGCAUAUUAUUUUACUGCCAUUGAAGAGGUUAUACAGUCGCUGUUUUGGAAAGAAGAAAAAAGAAGAACCGGAUCUGGAUUUACCAGAUGACAUCAGGAUGACCUGCCUUCAGUUUACCAAAUACCACAAACAGCAGUGUUGUCAUGACAUUGUUAAAAAGAGAAGGUGUGGUGUGAGGACCAUGCUGGACUGUUUCCGCGGCUGUGAGCUGGUGGAUUGGCUUCAGCAGGUGGGCUUGGCGCAGGACCGCGGCGAGGCGGUCCUCUACGGGACGCGGCUGCAGCAGGGCGGCGUGCUUCAGCACAUCAAGCAGGAGUACAGCUUCGAAGACAGUCAGCUUCAUUACUACUUUACUGCACCAAACUAAGGCAUCAAAGUUAACCGUUAUUUUCUUCUCAAAGGGACACAUUUCAGUUUAGACAUGAACGACACAGUCGACACACUGUACAGAGCAGCUCUCUGUGAAGGUUUAUGCUAUGUGACAUUAAAGUCUAGUAGAGUAACAGCAAACUCUUACUCUGCAGUUUAUUCCUAUUAAAAAAGGGAAAACAAUAUACAUAUUAGAGUAUUUUUAGAACCACCUCAGGCAUUUUAUCUAACAUUUAUAAAAUAUGACAUUUUAGCUGCUUUGCUAAACUGUGACUUGGUUCAGAUGCAUAUUCUUUCAGAUGAUCAGGCAUGUUCAGUAAGUCCUUAUUAAGCCACACAACCAGAGCCACUUACUUGGAGCUAAAACUGAAUGUUUUACACAACCAAUUAUCCUUGGUUGUGUGGGGAAAAAAAUGGCAUAAGAGUUUUUACAUUACUGAAUGGGAUUAUUGAUCCUGUGAGAUAAAAAAAGAUUUUUAUGCAGUAAUUGCUUAAGUUGUAUCACUGUAUGAUUGGUGAAGCACAGAGGCCAAGUUGAUAUUGCAGGGAAAAAAAUGCUACCCAUUUACUGAAUGUAUUAGUUUUUUAAAUCUGUACACACAUAAUUCAUCGAGGAGCUGAAGCCAGACCCCUAAAACAGGGGUCUGCAACCUGCAGCUCUACACUUGUAGGUCAUCAGACCCUUUAAAGUGGCUCUUUAUGACUUAAAAUGCAUGAAGUGACAUAGAAACAAGCAAAAAUGUUGUACAUAAAUAAAAACCAAUAGAAAAUGCAUUUUUUUAGCAUUUCAAACAUUUCCUUUGACUUUAUAAAGAAUGACACAAUAUGAAAGCUUAUUUUUUCUUCUUCUUAGUCCUGUUAUGUCAUUCAGCUGCAAAGUGUGCUUUAUUUUAUUUUUAAGUGACUUAUCAUUUCCAAAUAUAGUAAAAAAAAAAAAAAACUUUCUUGCAAAAAAUCUAAUGUUUUUGUUCUAAGACCUAAAAUUAGAAUUGAAUAUAUGGUGGUUCUUUAGUUUAAAAAUAUUUUUAACAAAAUCAAUUAUUUAAAUGUUUAUUUCACUUAACGCACAUUUUGUAAAGGUGAGGUAGGUUUUAAAGCUGUAGGAACAAAAUAUUUAGAAGGAAGAAGGUUGAAAAUGUCUGGAUUGUAAAGGCUAAUAAAUCCUGUCCUAAAGUGAUAAAGGGAAGACAGGAUUAUAUGUUCAGCAUUUAUUAAAUUAAGCAUGGGUAUUGUUACUUAAAUGUUAGCAUUUUCUGAGCAUUGUGAGUGGAAGGGUUAAAUUUUACAGGUAAGGCUACCAGUAUCUUAAAAAAGCCACAGCAAAUGUUUCUCAGGUCAUGUUAGCAGUGUUUAUAGAUAGUGUUUUAAUUAAAAUAGUAAACUAUUAGAGUUAAAAAUGGUCAUAAACUGGGUCUGCCUGCUUUACUCAAUGCACUGAAAGUCUCUCAUGUUGCACGGUUUAGAUCAGUGGAACAAUAUUAAGCGCUUGCUGUGAAUUUCACUUUACUCAAAUCAAUGUUUAUAGAACUGCUGUCCCAUAUUCUAUUAACUAAAAUGAUUUAAUUAAUAGAGAUAUUGGAACAUCUUUUUCAUUUACGCAUUCAUGUGUAUCAUUAGGGCCGUCCGAGGAGUAUAUUUCUGCCAAAAAAUCUCAGAAAUUUCAAGAUUAAUUUUACAUAUUUACAAGAAAAAAAGAUAUUUUCUGAUGUUGAAUAGGUUUAAAUUCAUUUAAAAAAUGUACUGUUUUCUGUAAUUAAAGGCAUAAAAGUUUGCCUUUAAUCAUGGAAUCUUUUUUUUUUGAAAAUCUACAACUGUUUGACAUCAGAAUAUCUACUUUUUUUCUUGUACGUAUGCAAAAUUAAUCUAAGAAUUGCCGUUUUUUGGGUAGAAAUAUACUCCUCCAAGGAGCAUAGCUAGAUAGACAUAAUUAAUCUACAAUCGCCCUAAUGCACCGGUACUACUGUAUUUCUUUGAGCACAUAAUACUGAAAUCUUCAUAUUUGUUCUUGAAGGGAAAUGUUCAGCUUCUUGUCCAUGUUUGUGGAAGAUGCAUUUAAAAGACAAAUGAAAACCUUGAUUGAUUUGCAGCUGAAGACCAAGACGAUCAAUAUGUCCAACUAGUCAAUCUGAUAGAAAAUGUUCCGCUGUUGACUUGAAAAUGUUCAUCUUGACUAACCUCUAACACAUAAAUCUUGUUAAAUAAAGUUUAAUGCUGCUAUUUUAAUUAUUUUUAAAUAAAGAGAUGAAUUGUCUGUUUUUUAAGAUUGUUUUAUUAAUUUUGUUGCAAGUUUUUAAUAAAUCCUUCUUUCAUAAACUGCCAAUGAAAUUUGUAGUGUGCUCUGCCAAAUGCUGCACAUUUGACUAUAAUAUAAAUUAAAUAUACAUAAAGGUUUUUUUCUGUACUUUUACAAUCAAUGGUUCACUUAAUAAAAGUAACAAGU